AUAAUGUCAACGGAUAGCUUCUAGGUUUUUCAAUGCUACACUUUUUAAAUUAUCCACUUAGGAAUGUGUGGGAGUGAAGAAUUGAGGUUAUGGAUUUAGCUUGAAACGAAAAUAAUUUAGCGAAUUUAGACUAUGAAUAGACAUAAAUGUGAAUGAAAAUCCCAACGAAAUGGCACUGCUCGGCGCUCAAUUAGUUAUCACACUGAUUAUGGUAUCAGUGAUACAAAAGUUGGGAAGUUACUCGUUUGCAAGAUGGUUACUAUGUUCACAAAGACUGUACAGGUACCUGUAUCCUACAAAUAGUGAAUUAAAAAGUUUAGCAGGAGUUCCAAAAGAAUCUUCGAAGGGUAAAAAGGGAGGUAAACAUGAGUCAAAUGGUAAGGCGGAGACUUUUCAUGUUCCUCGAAGUCUGGAUAUACAGCUGGAGACGGCGCCCGUGACUCCUUUGGAUGUGGUGCAUUUGAGGUUUUACACUGAGUAUGUGUGGAUAGUAGACUUCUCACUGUACACAGCUAUAGUGUAUCUUAUGUCAGAGGUUUACACAUCAGUAUUCCCAUUGAAAGAUGAAUUUAACUUGAGUAUGGUGUGGUGUCUCCUCGUGGUGCUAUUCUCAUUUAAAAUCUUGCUGAGUUUGACAAAGCAGUACUUUACAAGUGAUGAGUCUAUUGGUGAGCGUUCCACCUGCAUAGUGGCCUUCUGUGUGUUCCUACUGGUUGCUAUGAUGGUGCUCAUUGUCAGUGAGGCCAACCUUGAAGUGGGAGUAGACCCUGCUUAUGACAGCUUCUAUGAAAAUGCAUCAAAGUUCCUCGAAAACCAAGGCCUGUCCUCUGUGGGUCCAGCGUCAAAGUUAAUACUGAAAUUCUUUUUCGCUGUGUGGGCAGCUAUUAUUGGAACAUUGUUCACCUUCCCUGGACUAAGAGUUGCCAGGAUGCACUGGGAUUCACUUAGAUAUUAUGGAGACAAUAAAAUGAAAUCACUACUGCUCAACUUCAAUUUUGCAAUGCCAUUUGUGCUAGUUCUUUUAUGGGUGCGCCCCAUCACCAGGCAUUAUCUUACUGUUAGAGUGUUCAGUGGGAUGGAGAAGCCAUUAAUGACAUCAGACGCGUUCGACACGAUGCGUAUUAUUCUUGUGGCAAGUACAGUAGUCAUCCGGCUAGCGUUGAUGCCACGUCAGUUGCAGGCAUACUUGGACAUGGCACAACGUCGUCUUGAUGUACAGAAGAAAGAAGCUGGGAGGAUUACAAACAUUGACUUGCAGAAGAAAAUCGCAUCAGUAUUCUACUACCUCUGUGUAGUAGCCCUUCAAUAUAUUUGCCCCAUCAUAAUGUGUCUGUACAUGGCUCUAAUGUACAAGACCCUCGGUGGGUACACAUGGACCGGACUCUUCUAUGAAAGCCAAGAAGUGUGUACUAUGGAUGAUAAGACAGCAACAGUGACUGACAGCAUUGUAGAAGGAGACGGUAUUGAGCAGUUCCAGCUUGCUUGGGAGAAUUUAAAAAUGGUAUUCACAGUAGAUGUGUAUCGAGGUGUGUUCGGGUUCGCUACAUGGUGGUGCUGCUUCGCCUGGUUCCUCACGACAUCGCUCGGUUUAGCCUACCAAACAUACUUCAGAAUCUCGUGAUAUACAGACUCCAUAGCUAUUAGAGUUCUAGUCACAAGUUGAUUAAUUUUGAGUGGUAACAUAAAAAAGAUUGGUUGUAAUUUUAAAGAUUGAAUGUUUCCUGUUAUUAAAGACAUAUAAGUAAACCUACAAUUUGUAUUGUGAAGAAGUAUAUAGGUGGCAUGAACCUAAUGUAAAUAUGGGCACAGAGUAUAAAAUACAUCAAUUUGUUUAUUCAGACUGUCUAUCAUGUGUUAUGUAAUGACCAAAGUAUAAAAAUACCAAUCCAAGUAGUCCUUGACACAGAUAUCAGAUAUUAAAUGAGUAGUCUUAAGAUUCCAAUGAUUUCAUUUACACUGUGUAUUUACUGUGUUAGUUUUUAGUUCAGAUUUUGGAGCACAAUACUACUUUUGUACUGUAUUGCCUGUAGAAUGGUCUUGCUUUUUUCCUGUUUUAAGGUGUGUGUGAAUCCUAUGACUUUGGUCUUCAUAAAGCAGCGAUAAAAGUUUAAUUGAUAAUUUACCUACAAUAUAGAUAGCAAGUUUGUUGUUGUGGUCAUUAUAAAAUGAUGCAACUUCACUCUUAAUUAUAAAUUUUAGCCAACUCAUUCUGAUUACUCUGUUAGUAUGUUAUGUACAUAAUAGAUAUAGCACAAAAUGCUUUCUAUAUGAAUCUGGAAUAAGAGUUGCAUCUAGGUGGUUGUGUAGGAUUAGGAAUGUUUUAUUUAUUAUUCAUUUGUAUUGUAUUGGACUGUUUUAUAAUAAAUAAUGAAAAUUA